AUGGGUCAACAACAAAGAAAGGAGGAGCAGAUGGAGGAGGAAGUAGAGCUGGCAGGACCCCACGCUCUCUUCCUGGUCAUAGAUGUGAGCUCAUCAUUCACAGGGAAACACAGAACAUCAGUGAAGGAACACCUGGAGCUUCUGAGACCCCACGCAGUCUUCCUGCUCAUCAAUAUGUGCUUCUCAUUCGUAGAGAUGGCUAAGACGUCAGUGGAGGAAUACAUGGGUUAUCUCAGAGAGGAACACCGUCUCUCAGAGCUGAGGAUUGUGCUGCUCGGGGGAAGAUAUGCUGGGAAGAGUUCAGCAGGAAACACCAUCCUGGGCAGAGAGGAGUUUGAGUCUGGAAUAAGAACUGCACAGUGUGUGAAGAGACAGGGUGAAGUAGCUGGGAGGCAGCUCACUGUGAUCGACACACCAGGCUGGUGGAGGAAUAAUUCUGUGAAGAAAACUCCAGAGCUGGAUAAACAGGAGAUUGUGCGCAGUGUGUCUCUGUGUCCCCCAGGACCCUACGCUCUCUUCCUGGUCAUUAAUGUGAGCUCAUCAUUCACUGAGACAAACAGGAGAGCAGCGCAGGAACACCUGGAGCUUCUGAGUGAGAGAGUGUGGAGACACACUAUAGUGCUGUUCACCAGGGGAGACUGGCUGGGAGACACAACCAUUGAGCAGCACAUUGAGUCUGAAGGGAAGACCCUCCAGUGGCUUGUAGAGAAAUGUGGGAACAGGUAUCAUGUUCUCAACAAUGAGAACAGGGAUGAUGGCACUCAGGUCACAGAGCUGCUGGAGAAGAUAGAGGAGGUGGUGGCAGGACAUGGUGGCUGUCACUAUGAAAUGGACAGAAAGCUCUUACAGGAGGUGGAAGAGGAGAGGAGGGCAGUGGAAGAAAGAGUGAAACAGAGGCUGAUGAAGGUGCAGAAACAGAGGAAGACUCUCAGAGCACUUUUCCAAGGAGAGGAACACCAUCUCUCAGACCUGAGGAUUGUGCUGCUCGGGGGAAGAUAUGCUGGGAAGAGUUCAGCAGGAAACACCAUCCUGGGCAGAGAGGAGUUUGAGUCUGGAAUAAGAACUGCACAGUGUGUGAAGAGACAGGGUGAAGUAGCUGGGAGGCAGCUCACUGUGAUCGACACACCAGGCUGGUGGAGGAAUUAUUCUGUGCAAGACACUCCAGAGCUGGAUAAACAGGAGAUUGCGUGCAGUGUAUCUCUGUGUCCCCCAGGACCCUACGCUCUCUUCCUGGUGAUUGAUGUGAGCUCAUCAUUCACAGAGACAUGCAGGAGAUCAGUGGAGGAACACCUGGAGCUUCUCAGUGAGAGAGUCUGGAGACACACUAUAGUGCUGUUCACCAGGGGAGACUGGCUGGGAGACACAACCAUUGAGCAGCACAUUGAGGCUGAAGGGAAGGCCCUCCAGUGGCUUAUAGAGAAAUGUGGGAACAGGUAUCAUGUUCUCAAUACUGAGAACAGGGGUGAUGGCACUCAGGUCACAGAGCUGCUGGAGAAGAUAGAGGAGAUGGUGGCAGGACAUGGUGGCUGUCACUAUGAAAUGGACAGAAUGCUCUUACAGGAGGUGGAAGAGAAGAGGAGGGCAGUGGAAGAAAGAGCGAAACAGAGGCUGAUGAAGGUGCAGGCACAGAGGAAGACUCUCAGAGCGCUCUUCAAAGAGGACCACCGUCUCUCAGAGCUGAGGAUUGUGCUGCUGGGGGGGAGAUAUGCUGGGAAGAGUUCAGCAGGAAACACCAUCCUGGGCAGAGAGGAGUUUGAGCCUGGAAUAAGAACUGCACAGUGUGUGAAGAGACAGGGUGAAGUAGCUGGGAGGCAGCUCACUGUGAUCGACACACCAGGCUGGAGGAGGAAUAAUUCUGUGAAGAAAACUCCAGAGCUGGAUAAACAGGAGAUUGUGCGCAGUGUGUCUCUGUGUCCCCCAGGACCCUACGCUCUCUUCCUGGUCAUUGAUGUGAGCUCAUCAUUCAAAGAGACACACAGGAUAUCAGUGGAGGAACACCUGGAGCUUCUCAGUGGGAGAGUCUGGAAACACACUAUAGUGCUGUUCACCAGGGGAGACUGGCUGGGAGACACAACCAUUGAGCAGCACAUUGAGGCUGAAGGGAAGGCCCUCCAGUGGCUUGUAGAGAAAUGUGGGAACAGGUAUCAUGUUCUCAACAAUGAGAAGAGGGCUGUUGGCAGUCAGGUCAGAGAGCUGCUGGAGAAGAUAGAGGAGAUGGUAGCCAGAAACAGAGGUGGACACUUCACUAUACAGAAGAAAGAAAGAAGGGGUUUCAGUUUGACACAGUGGUUUCAGAGUAAGAAAGAGACAGAAAAGUCUCUUGAGGAGGAAUGGAGCAGAAAAGAAGAGGAGCUGAUAGAGAGGAUGUUGAAGGUGGAACACCAUCUCUCAGAGCUGAGGAUUGUGCUGCUGGGGGUGAGAUUUGCUGGGAAGAGUUCAGCAGGAAACACCAUCCUGGGCAGAGAAGAAUUUGAGUCUGGAAGAAAAACUUCACAGUGUGUGAAGAGACAGGGUGAAGUAGCUGGGAGGCAGCUCACUGUGAUCGACACACCAGGCUGGUGGACAAAUUAUACUGUGGAGAGCACUCCAGAGUUGGAUAAACAGGAGAUUGUGCGCAGUGUGUCUCUGUGUCCCCCAGGACCCCACGCUCUCUUCCUGGUUAUUAAUGUGAGCACAUCAUUCACAGGAAGACAUAGAAGAUCAGUGGAGGAACACCUGGAACUUUUCAGUAAGAGAGUGUGGAGACACACUAUAGUGCUCUUCACCAAGGGAGACUGGCUGGGAGACACAACCAUUGAGCAGCGCAUUGAGGCUGAAGGGAAGGCCCUCCAGUGGCUUGUAGAGAAAUGUGGGAACAGGUAUCAUGUUCUCAACAAUCUGAACAGGGCUGAUGGCACUCAGGUCACAGAGCUGCUGGAGAAGAUAGAGGAGAUGGUGGCAGGACAUGGUGGCUGUCACUAUGAAAUGGACAGAAAGGUCUUACAGGAGGUGGAAGAGAAGAGGAGGGCAGUGGAAGAAAGAGCAAAACAGAGGCUGAUGAAGUUGCAGAAACAGAAGAAGACUCUCAGAGAGCUUUAUAAGGAGCUGAGGAUUGUGCUGCUGGGGGGGAGACAUGCUGGGAAGAGUUCAGCAGGAAACACCAUCCUGGGCAGAGAGGAGUUUGAGUCUAGAAUAAGAACUGCACAGUGUGUGAAGAGACAGGGUGAAGUAGCUGGGAGGCAGCUCACUGUGAUCGACACACCAGGCUGGUGGAGGAAUUUCUCUUUGAAGAAUACUACAGAGCUGGAUAAACAGGAGAUUGUGCGCAGUGUGUCUCUGUGUCCCCCAGGACCGCACGCUCUCUUUCUGGUGGUUGAUGUGAGUUCAUCAUUCACAGAAGCACACAGGAGAGCAGUGGAGGAACACCUGGAGCUUCUCAGUAAGAGAGUUUGGAGACACACUAUAGUGCUGUUCACCAGGGGAGACUGGCUGGGAGACACAACCAUUGAGCAGCACAUUCAGACUGAAGGGGAGGCCCUCCAGUGGCUUGUAGAGAAAUGUGGGAACAGGUAUCAUGUUCUCAACAAUGAGAAGAGGGCUGAUGGCACUCAGGUCACAGAGCUGCUGGAGAAGAUAGAGGAGAUGGUGGCAGGACAUGGUGGCUGUCACUAUGAAAUGGACAGAAUGCUCUUACAGGAGGUGGAAGAGAAGAGGAGGGCAGUGGAAGAAAGAGCGAAACAGAGGCUGAUGAAGGUGCAAAAACAGCGGAAGACUCUCAGUGCAUGUUUCAAAGUGAAGGAACAUCAUCUCUCAGAGUCGAGGAUUGUGCUGCUUGGAGGGAGACAUGCUGGGAAGAGUUCGGCAGGAAACACCAUCCUGGGCAGAGAGGAGUUUGAGUCUGGAAUAAGAACUGCACAGUGUGUGAAGAGACAGGGUGAAGUAGCUGGGAGGCAGCUCACUGUGAUCGACACACCAGGCUGGAGGAGGAAUAAUUCUGUGAAGAAAACUCCAGAGCUGGAUAAACAGGAGAUGGUGCGCAGUGUGUCUCUGUGUCCCCCAGGACCCUACGCUCUCUUCCUGGUCGUUAAUGUGAGCUCAUCAUUCACAGAGACAUACAGAAGAUCAGUGGAGGAACACCUGGAGCUUCUCAGUGAGAGAGUCUGGAGACACACUAUAGUGCUGUUCACUUACGGAGAUUGGCUGGGAGACACAACCAUUGAGCAGCGCAUUGAGGCUGAAGGGAAGGCCCUCCAGUGGCUUGUAGAGAAAUGUGGGAACAGGUAUCAUGUUCUCAACAAUGAGAACAGGGCUGAUGGCACUCAGGUCACAGAGCUGCUGGAGAAGGUAGAGGAGAUGGUGGCAGGACAUGGUGGCUGUCACUAUGAAAUGGACAGAAUGCUCUUACAGGAGGUGAAAGAGAAGAGGAGGGCAGUGGAAGAAAGAGCGAAACAGAGGCUGAUGAAGGUGCAGAAACACAGGAAGACUCUCAGGGCACUUUUCCAAGGGGAACACCGUCUCUCAGAGCUGAGGAUUGUGCUGCUGGGGUGGAGACAUGCUGGGAAGAGUUCAGCAGGAAACACCAUCCUGGGCAGAGAGGAGUUUGAGUCUGAAAUAAGAACUGCACAGUGUGUGAAAAGACAGGCUGAAGUAGCUGGGAGGCAGAUCACUGUGAUCGACACACCAAGCUGGAGGAGGAAUAAUUCUGUGCAGGACACUCCAGAGCUGGAUAAACAGGAGAUUGUGCGCAGUGUGUCUCUGUGUCCCCCAGGACCCUCCGCUCUCUUCCUGGUUAUUAAUGUGAGCUCUUCACUCACAGAAACACACAGGAGAUCAGUGGAGGAACACCUGGAGCUUCUCAGUGAGAGAGUCUGGAGACACACUAUAGUGCUGUUCACCUGGGGAGACUGGCUGGGAGACACAACCAUUGAGCAGCACAUUGAGGCUGAAGGGAAGGCCCUCCAGUGGCUUGUAGAGAAAUGUGGGAGCAGGUAUCAUGUUCUCAACAAUAAGAACAGGGCUGAUGGCACUCAGGUCACAGAGCUGCUGGAGAAGAUAGAGGAGAUGGUAGCCAGAAACAGGGGCAGUCACUUCACCAUAUUGGACAGAGAAGGAAGUGAAUUAAGCUUGAGAAAGAAUCUUGAAGAGGAAUGGAGCAGAAGAGAGGAGGAGCUGAUAGAGAGGAUGUCGAAGGUGGUGGUCCGCUCAGAGACAGAGGGAUCCACUCUGCCAGUCAGGAAGAGGAGGGGCAGCAUGGAGCGUCAUCCCCCCACUAUGAGUAGCAGGACUCCAGCCCCCUCUGAAGCAGGCAGCUCUGUGUGGGAUGAAGAAUUGGCUCAUAAAUCGGUCAGAGAGAAGGUGUCAUGGUGGCUGAGAAAGACUCAGCCAGAGAGCUCAGCAUCAUCUGGAUAUGGAACAGGGAGCUCUGUACUGAGUGAGACAGAGAUGUCUGACCUGAUGAAACUGGAAGAGGACAGUGAUGCUGACACUCUGGAGGGUGACAUGGACUAAACGCUGCUUUCCACUGCCACCAUGUGGUAGUUUGUAUAACUACUA